AUGAUUUAAAUUGAAUAAUAAGAAAACAUAAGAUAAAAGAAAAAGGUUCGUAACUUAAUUGAAACGUUAGAGAAUCAUUUGAGAUUAGAUGAAAAAAUUACUAAUUUAAAAAUUUAGUUAGAAAAGAUGAGAUUGCAGAUUACAACUUCAACUGAUAAGAAUAGUAUUAAAGAAAAGAUUUCUCAAUUAGAAGUUGCAAUGUUUAAUUAUGAAGAAGAAAAGAAAAUUUCAAAUUAUACUGAUGAAGAAAGAAGCAAAUUACUAGAUAAUAUUAGAAAUAUAAUUCUAUAAAUUAGGCCAUUGCCAUUUUCUUGUGAUAAUAAAAGGCAGAUACAUAAAAACUUAAAAAACUUGAAUAGAUUUGAAGAACACUUUCUCAUUUUAAGAGUGAAGUCAAACAAUGAAAAAUUUGUAAUUGAGGCUUCCAAAAUCCUAAGUUUAGUUUGCGAUAAAAAAAGAGAAAUAAAAAAGGUGAUAGAUCAAUCCAAAGAGAACAGUAAUAAUGAUGAAUCCCAGUAUGGAAAUAUCUUAGAAAAUUAAGCUGAAAUAAAAAUAGUAGAUGAAAAUCAAAAGGUCCACUAGCAAGAAACUCCAACUUUAGGAGGAAAUAUUAUUGAACAAAUAAACCUAGAUAGCUAGAACAAAUUAUUAGAUGAAAAUAUGAUUAAAUAAGAGCCUAUUGAGAUAGGUUAAGAAAAUGAGUAAAUUUGUGAAUCAGAAAAAUGUUAAAUUUGUUUUGCAAAAAAACGAAAAUUUGUUGCUAUUCCUUGUGGACAUUUCAUAUAUUGCUAAGUUUGUAAGGAAUUAGUUAUGCAAAAACUAAAAUGUUUACUGUGCAGAUAGAAUGUGCUCUAAAUGUUUGAAAUAUUUGCAUGA